CAUGUCUCGUCCAGCCAUCGAAGAGGUGUCAAACAGCGCAUGAGUAUCAAGCAAUUAGACACCGAAUAUAAAAUGCAGGCAGCGAUGGCCUCGAUCCCUCUCCCUUCUGUCCAGCCGGGAAGCGAGGACACCAGAACAGCAGACUGCAAAUACAAAAUGUAGACAGCGAUUCCUCCUUCCCCUCCCCCCAUCCAGCCGCACCAGCGCACUUAGCCAGCCUCUCCCGGAUGGGAGAGGCAAACUCCCACACGCACACGCACCCCUCACCCAAUCGAAUGGCCCGGGCGAGGCCCACAGCAGCAGCACAGCCACGUCCACCAAGGGCGACGGAUGGUCUCGGCGUCUUCCUCAGCCUUUCGCAGCUUCUCAAUGAUCUUCUGCAGUGUGGCCUUCUCGCGGCCCCGAGAUCAGCUCUCAGCUUGUCGUUGGCCUGGUACUCUGCGUACUCGCUCGCUGCAAGGAACCUGAUCUGGUCCUCUUGUGCCUGGAAGAAGUCAGGGCAGCCACACAAACGACACGCCAUACGAGACACGAAUGCAUUCGCUGAUUCUGUGACGAUAAGUGUGCAUUGGAUAGAACGUACCUGCAUGUCGACAUGGAGCCGAUGGAUGAUCUCGGUGUCUUCUUCCGCCUUCCGCUGCGCCUCACUGACUUGGGCCUCCAGAUGUGACACUCGAGUGGCUGUCGUCUCGGGGUCUUGCUGAUUGCCCGUGUCGGGAUCGUCAUCUGGCUUGUCACCGGGGCUGCCCCCUUCCCCUGGCGCGCCCGGGGCGGUGCCAGCCAUCCGCCGGCAGAAGCCGCUGGGCAGAGGGAGGGGCAAGCGAGGCCCAACAGGCCUGACGCAAACGAACAGGCAAGACGACACAGCUCUCUCUUGAUGUCUGGUGUUCUCCAUGCAGGUGUAGGUGGAUGGAUGAGUCACUUACCCCUGUCGGCCGCCGCCUUGUCUUCUCUCUGCGAUGGGGCUGUCGUCUCCUCGUGGGCCGUGUCUGGCGGGGGGCUGCCUGUGGCUGGGUGGGGAGGUGGCGGGUCGACAGGGGCGGAUGCUGGUGCUGCACUUGACGAUGACGGUCUGACGACACGUGACACAGAGGUGUGGUGUGUUUGUUUGUUGGUGGAUUUUGGGUUUCCUUACUCGCUGGCCGGCUGAAUCCCCCGCCUGAUCAGAUCCUGUCAGAAAAAGACCACAAGCUUUACAGGGCAUCAGCCAACUUGCGUGUGUAGUUAACCGCUGCGUCGAGGACGACUCGACAGGCAUCCCUCGCCUCUCCGCUGCCAGUCAUCUUGCAGUAGUAGCCGGACCGUUUGGGGACAGGCACCCACUCGAUGGUGCACCCUGAGGCUGCUCUGGCCGCAUUAAGAUCCCCAUCCGUCAGCUGGGCCAUACAAUGGGCCCAGCCGACGUUGGGGUCAGGGGGUGACGGCGGCUGCAAGAAACACAGCUCAGAGUCCAUCACACGGCUCCAUUGUCUUCCCUGGCACUUACCGUGAGCGGGGGAAAAGGAACGCCUGCCCGCUGCUUCUCCUUCUCCUCGCCUGCCUGUUUCAGCGACACAUCACAGAUAUAUACCCCGAUACACACAUGCGCUUGCAUGUCUCUGUCAUGUAGCCGUCAAGGCGUGUGUAUCGGCAUGCUGACCAGCCUGCGCGAGGAGGGAAGGGGCGAGGGGAGCGGCGAGCAGGCUGGUGCGGCGCCCAUGGAGUUCGCCGCUGGUGGAGGGGCGGCUGCUGCGCUAGACGCUGACGGCCUGACGACACGUGACACAGAGGUGUGGUGUGUUUAUCCGAUGGUGGAUUUGGGGUUUCCUUACUGGAGUGUUGACUUCGCCAGCCUGUUUUGGUUCUGUCAGAAAAAGACCACAAACUUUACAGGGCAUCAGCCAACUUGUGUGUUUAGUUCACCGCUUUGUCGAGCAGCUCACAACAGAUGUCCCUCAAAUGUGGCGACCCGGUGAGUUUGUACCACCCUCGUGUCUUGGUUCGCCUGAAAGCAACGCACAACCGUGACCAGAACAGCAAUCAAGCCAUUUGAAGUCACCCUUACUCGACUGAGCAGUCUGACCCCUCGGCGGCCUCGUCUAGGUCCCCAUUCGUCAGCUGGGCCGCGUAAAAGGCUUGUUGAAAACGGGGAUGACGGGGUGGCGGCGCCUGCAAAAAACACAGCUCAGAGUCCAUCACACGGCUCCAUUGUCUUUCCUGGCACUUACCGUGAGAGGGGGAAAAGGAUCGCUUGUCUGCUCCUUCUCGUCGUCCUUGGGCCGCUGCUUCCCGUUGGCCUUGCCGGAUCCCUGCAUGCCGCCCCGCAGACGCAGGAGUCGACGGAUCAAGAUCAU